AUGGUUUUAAUGUAUCACUCCUUGGCCUUGUUGGCCAACCUCCUGUUUGCCCGAUCUAUCGCGGCCUCGGAUUUCCGCGACAACUGCGAUGCCGAUUGCGAGGCCGCCAUCCGCGAUGCUAUUGCCGUCGAGACGAGAAACUGGGUCAACGUCGACGUGACCCUCGAUUCGUUCUACACGAAUCCUUCCAACAUGUCGGCAUACUCAGUCGGCGACCUCGUCAAAUGGCAGGACAUGACAGGCACACAGGCCGCCAAGAUCUGGACCAUCCCGGCCGGAAUGUCACUCUCUCGCUUCUUCUACAUGAGCGAGGACAUCGACGGCAAGCCAAUCCCGGCAACGGCUUUCGCUCUCCUGCCAUGGUCGAACCCUCAAGGCAACGACAAGCCUUUCCGUACGGUCGUCUGGGCGCAUGGCACCGCCGGGUAUACUCGCCAAUGCGCUCCUACCAACCACAGGGCCCUCUAUUACGAAUGGGAAGGCCCUUUUGCGCUUGCUCAGGCAGGCUAUGCCGUCAUUGCCCCCGACUACGCUGGUCAAGGCAGUGAUAUUCCCCAGGGCUUCAUGUAUGAAUCUGGGGCCCUUCACGCUGUCGAUAUCGCACACGGCCUCCAGGCUUCCCGCAAGGUUCUUGGUAAUCGCCUAUCCAAAGAAUGGGUCGUCGUUGGUCACAGCGAAGGAGGGCUAACGGCAUGGCGUACCAACGAGCGCGAGGCCAAGGACGGAAAGGCCACCGGAGGGUUCCUCGGUGCCGUGUCGGUUGCUCCGGCUCUCCGGCCCCUCAGUCUUAUCCCGGAGUCCUUCCGCCGCGCCAACGGAGGCCCCGUCGGAGACGUCGUGUCCGUCUAUUUUUUGCAAUCCGUGUCGAGGUUGUACGAGUCUAUCAAGGUCGAGGAUUACGUUAGCGACAUUGUCGCAAACCUGAUUCCUAUCUCGAAUAAAGGAUGUCUGCGGACCGGCGGUACUGUCUUCGGCAAGCUGACCGAGACGCAGCUGUACAAGAACACUAGUUGGUUGACGCACCCAGACCUUAUCGACUGGCAGAAUCGCUACAACGGAGCGGGUACGCAUCCGCUCGCUGCGCCGAUGCUGGUUGUGCAAGGCGUCAACGAUACUCUGACGUACGCUCACACCAUGGAGGAAGACUUGGACGCCACCUGCAAGACUUACCCUGAGUCCGUGACGGAGUUGCUUCUCUACCCUGAGCUGGACCACGACCCGGCUUUUCAGGCGGCACAGGUUGACUACCUGGCUUGGAUUGCUGAUCGCUUCAAUAAGAUUCCGGUGAAGACGGGAUGCACCAAGAGAACCAUCGAGCCGGCCGGGACGCAACAUUCACUUACCCAGCAGACUUGGGAGGCUGUCAUCCAGGUCGGGUAG